CGUCAGUCUCUUACUGACAAACGAAUAAAUUAUUUACCCUAGUAUUAACACUAAAAAUUAAGAAUAAAUAACUAAUUCUAAAAUGGUUGAUCGUGGCAAUAAUUUAGUUCUUCCGGUGGGUCCCUGUUCUACGGAACUUACGGAAUCGCAAGUCAGUUUUGCUCCACCCAAAAUAAAGAAAGUUCUUCCAACUCGAGAGAAUCGAAUGGAGCAGUUCCUAUGGCAGGAGCUUUUCGCCGAAUACAACCGACAGGCUUCAGCUAAGGUGGACUUGGGUGAGGACCGCACGGAGUAUUACGACCAAUUCUGCAAGGAUGUGCCGCCAAAGAACGAGGAAACCGAGGAAGUUCUAGCCAACAAGUAUCCAUUGUACUGCACCACUGCCGUAACCCUUUGGAAUCACGAAGGAGAUGUAACCAAGACCUUCAAGAGGAAAUAUUCCAUAACCAGACCUAUAAAUGAGUGCACCGAAAAGUUUGCUCCCUAGGGGUUUCGGAAUUGAAGUCUUUAAUUCAUAUUAUGCUGUGUAAAAACGUUUUCUUAAAAUUAAGACCCAAAUUUCGAAACUCAUUGUUUGAAAAUAUAACAUAAAAAGCAAA